UAAAGAAUAAGUUUUACAAAUUAGAGGGGAUAAAUCUAAAUUUCUACAAAAGAGAUCAAACCUUUCUCUUCCAUCCAAAAGUUUGUUCAGAGUUGAAGAAAAGAGAGCUUUGUUUAAGAAUGUCAGAGACUCAUGAGGUGGAUGAUGACAAGGGCCUUAAACCCUCUGAAUUGUUUGGAAAACAUACACUGAAGAUUGAGAAAUUUUCACAAAUCGACCAAAAGGCUAUCCGUAGCAAUGUAUUUGAAGUUGGCGGCUACAAGUGGUAUAUUUUAGUUUAUCCAGAAGGAUGUGAUGUUAACGAUCAUCUCUCCUUAUUUCUCUGUGUUGCACACUAUGAUAAACUUCUUCCAGGCUGGAGUCAUUUAGCUCAGUUUACUAUGUCUGUGGUGAAUAAAGUUCCAUGGAGGUCUAAGUUUUCAGAUACGCUGCACAAUUUUUGGAAGAAAGAGCAUGAUUGGGGAUGGAAAAAGUUUAUGGAGUUACCUAAGUUGCAAGAUGGGUUCAUAGAUGAUUUUGGCUCUCUUACAAUUGAUGCUCAAGUUCAGGUGAUCAGAGAGAGGGUGGACCGGCCUUUUCCCUGUCUUGAUUAUGGCUACAAGAGAGAAGUUCUUGGGGUGUAUUUUCCAAAUCUAGAGCAAAUUUUCCGACGUUUUGUGGAAGAGAAAAGAAGCAAGCUUGAGAAGUUGAAAGAGGACAAGGCAAGAUGGAAAAGCUUAGGUGUUUUCUGGUUAGGGAUGGACCAAAACGCUAGGCGUCGGAUGUGUACAGAGAAAAAGGACGUAAUCCUAACAGAAGUUGUGAAAUGCUUUUUCAUAAAAAAGGAAGUUUCUUCCACUCUGGUGAUGGAUUCCUUGUAUAGUGGAUUGAAGGAUCUUGAAUGUCAAAGUAAGAACAAGAAAGGUCCAAGAACGUUAGAUGCCAAGGAAUUGCCAGCUCCAGUUGUUAGGGUGGACAAAGAUAUGUUCAUAUUAGAUGAUGUUGAUGACGUGCUGCUACACAUACAGAGAGCUAUUCUAGAGCCAUUGCCUCCAAAAGAUGACAAAGGUUCUCUCAUCCGUAUACAGGAUGAGUUCAACAAGGAAGCCUAUGAGCGUGAUGAGAUGCGUUUAACUGAGUUGGGUAGACGCAUUAUGGAGAUAUGUGUUCUUUUCCAUAUCCUUAGUAACAAAAUUGAGGUUGCAUAUCAAGAAGUUAUUGUGCUAAAAAUGCAAGAAGAACUAAUUCGUGAGGAAGAGGAAGCUGGUGUUGGCAAACCUAAGGGUGGAGGAGGACAAAAGAAACCGAAUAAAAAAACCCGACCUAAACCAAACCGAAAUAAGUGACAUGUUUUGUUUAACCUAAAAACCGAUUUGGUUAUAUUUGGUUUGAAACCGUAAAAACUGAAUAUUUUUACUGGGAUUAAUCUCUUUAUUUUGUUUUAAUUGUAUCCGAUCCUUUUAUUUUGACUAAUUCAUAAAUAUUUUGUGACGAUAGUCACGUUACAACCAA